GUUUUAACCAAACACGUCAUACUUUCCACCAAAAACAGAAAUUGUGAAAAAAAAUCAAAAUCCUAAUUAUUUUUCUUUCUUUCGCGCACUGCAAAUCGAUUUCAAACGACCUUCUUUUUUUCCCGUUCGUCGCCGUCGUCUUCUUCCUCAAAUUCAACCGUCAACGUGUUUCUCCGGUCGUUAUUACACGAUAAGCUGAUCGGGGAAGCAGCUCGAGAAACCACGUAGUUUUGGCUCGGUCGUGAAUGGCGGAACCGAGUCGAAACGGCGGCGCUUCGGCAUCCUUAUUGGAAAUCGGGAUUCCGACCGGUUUGAACCGGAUAAAGACGCGGCGAGUCGACGCCAAUUCAGGAGCUGAGGAUUUCGACCACUGUAACGACUCGCCCAGUGGCGAAUUUUCGAUCGCGGGAGCUCACGUGAAGCAGAGGCUCAAGGCUCCGACGAAAGGACACGUGAAAUUGGGUCGCGCGAAAGAAGGAUUCCGCAAAGGGAGGAAGAUAGCACGGUGGUUUACGUCAUCCCCUUUUGAGGCUUCUGAUCAAGAUAUAAGUAAUUACCCAAGCACCGAGCCUAGUGCUUUGGAGUGUAACAGUCGAGACAAAGAGGAUCCUCGAGAAAAAUUUCUCAAGAUGUGGAAGAAUAUAACUGGGGAUCCACCAAAAAUCGAACCUGCUCAUAAGGUGUCGAAAUAUGUAAAAAGUUUUUCACACGAAUUGGGUCCGAAAGGUGGCAUUCAACCUGCACAUCCAAGGGCGCACAGCUAUAAUGAUUUGAAGGAGCUUUUGGGUUCACUACGUUCCAGAUUUGAUGCUGCAAAAGAAGUUGUAGACAUAGAGCUUCGUAGUUUUUCCCAGGAAAUACUGGACACAUUGCAGAAAGAUGAUUCCCUGAGAUCAGAUGAAUGUAUGAUGGCAGAGGAACUUCUAUUUCUUGUCCAGCAAUGUAUUUCCAUGACUUCCUCAGACUUCCGAACAAAAUGUGAAACGAUUGUACAGGACUUGACUGUGGAGAGACAGAAAUGUGAAGCUGGAUUGUUGAAAAUACUAUUUACCCGCAUGCUAUUCAUAUUGACUCGAUGUACAAGAUUGCUGCAUUUUGAGAAAGAUAGUGGGCGUGUGAAUGAACAAUCCCUGGACAAAUUCAGACAAUGUUUAAAGAGGAUCCCAUCAGUUGACAUGAAUUGGGUUGUGGAUAAGGGCUUUGCAGAUACUGAUGCUGGUUUUGUUAUAGAACAAGUUAAUACCAAGGAACAGUUUCAGGGAAAAGACCAUUCAGGUGUUCCGUUCCAGGAGAAUGAGAGCAGGUUGAAGGAUCCUGCUGAGGAGCAGGAUAUAGAAAUCACAAAGAAUAGGAUGUCUAUUGAACAAAAUAGAUCUCAAAGUGCAUUUAGUGAUGUGUCAGAUCCUGAGCAAUCUGAUAGAAGUGAUGACAUGUUCCUGAUGGAAUCCCAAAAUAAAGCGAAAGAGAACUAUGCAGACGAUUCUAACUUAGUUAUUUGCCGGAUAUGUGAAGAAUUUGUCCCUGCUUUUCACUUGGAGCCACAUUCGUAUAUAUGUGCAUUUGCAGACAAAUGGGUUUCCAACCAUCUAGAGGUGAAUGAGUGCCUGUUGAAGCUUGCUGAGUUAUUGGAACGCUUGUUAGAGUUGCGCAAUUCAAGGAGUCGUGAAACCUACAUGAACCCUGAGAUUUUGAGAAUGCGGUACAGUAAUUCUUCUUUGACAGCAGAAACUCAUUCACCAAAGGGCAGUGAGUGGCAAAGUAAGGGAAUGGAUGGAAUGUUGGAGGAUCUCCAUGAGAUGGACACUGCCUGCAUUGAUGAUUCUCGUCUGGCAAACUUGGUUAGCUUGAAAAGCCACUUGCUAAACAAGGUAAAUCAUUAUGGCUCACCAUCUUCUAAUUGGAGCAUGACAUCAACAUCAUCUGCAAAUAGCCCUCGGGGAAAUAUCGACAUCUUUUGGUUAGACCAAAGUAAUUUUUCGGAACAAGAGGAUAUGCAACAGAUGCAUGACCUUGCUGAUAUUGCUCGAUGCGUGGCAGGGACCGAUUUUACGGAAGAAGGGUCCAGUGAGUUUUUACUUGCCUGUAUGCACGACCUGAAAGAGGUUUUGCAACAUAGCAAGUACAGUGCUCUUUUAGUGGAUACUUUUGGUGGACGAAUCGAAAACCUUCUGAGGGAGAAAUAUAUACUUGCUUGCAAUCAAGUGGACAAAGUUGAUGAUGCUGGGCAUCCAGAUAGCGCAAGAUCUGUAAUGGAUAGUGCAUCUCAGAGUAGUACAACAUCAACACCUUCACAUCCUGCCCAUAAAGAACGUACAAGCAUCGAUGACUUCGACAUCAUAAAACCUAUCAGCAGAGGAGCCUAUGGCAAAGUUUUUCUGGCUAGGAAGCGGAUUACAGGGGAUCUGUUUGCUAUUAAGGUGCUCAAGAAAUUGGAUAUGUUACGGAAGAAUGAUAUUGAUCGCAUAUUGGCCGAGCGUAAUAUAUUAAUCACAGUGCGGAACCCUUUUGUGGUUCGGUUUUUUUACUCAUUUACCAGUACAGAUAACCUGUAUUUGGUCAUGGAAUAUCUCAAUGGUGGAGAUUUAUAUUCUCUGCUAAAAAAGGUUGGUUGCCUUGAAGAUGCUGUUGCUCGUAUCUACAUUGCAGAACUGGUACUUGCACUAGAAUACCUUCAUUCUCUUGGAAUAGUACAUCGUGAUCUGAAACCAGACAACAUAUUAAUUGCCCAUGAUGGUCAUAUCAAGCUUACUGACUUUGGAUUGUCAAAAAUUGGCCUGAUGAAUUGCACUACUGAGCUAUCCUCGCGAGAGACGGAUAACGUCAAUCUAGAUAUAAAUGGUCAGCUCAGUUCAGAUAAAAUGGAUGGUGACCAGUCAGCUGUUGGUACCCCAGACUAUUUGGCACCUGAAAUUCUUCUUGGAAAAGAACAUGGUUAUGCUGCAGAUUGGUGGUCAGUUGGAAUAAUCUUGUUUGAACUUAUAACUGGAAUCCCUCCUUUCAAUGCUGAUCAUCCAGAGAAUAUCUUUGACAAUAUUCUAAACAGAAAAAUCCCCUGGCCAUCGGUUCCUGAUGAGAUGUCUUGCCAAGCGCAAGAUCUGAUUGACAGGCUUCUCGUUCACAAUCCAGAUGAGCGGCUUGGAGCAAAAGGAGCAUCCGAGGUCGCAUAUCUCAACUUAACUUCACUUGAUUUGAUUUCAAAGCCGUCCACUUUAACUUUGAACUGUCUUUUCUCUCGUUCUGUUUUCUCUCAGGUAAAAGCACAUUCCUUUUUCUCAGGAGUGGACUGGGAUAAUCUUACCUUACAAGAGGCUGUAUUUGUACCACGACCAGAGUGUAUGGAUGAUACUAGUUACUUUGUAUCACGAUAUAACUCAAAUGGAAUGGAAGUGGAUCAAAGUUCUACGGAUUCAGAUUCUGACAGCUUGGAAUUGCAAACACAUACUGGUGGACAGGUACAACUCAUACUCAUGAGUUUGCUACUCAUUCUCGAGUCUGAAUUGGUACCAAAAAUGACCAUGGAUGAAUGCGGUGAUCUUGCCCGGUUCGAUUCUUCACCACUUGAUCUGUCAUUGAUGAAUUUCUCUUUCAAGAAUUUAUCACAGCUGGCGUCCAUUAAUCAGGAUGUGCUGUUGCAGAGCGUGAAGGGCUCACCUAGGUGCUCCUCCCCAAGCAAAAGCCCGAACCCGACCCAGCCCUGAAACUUCCCUUCUCCAUUUGAGAGGCAGCUGAAAAGUGUGUGUAUAUAUAUAUAUAUCCAAAGUACUUGGGCUUCAAACAUGUAGAAUUAGGUGAAAUGAGAGAUGCCUUAUAGUUGUAGAGCAUCUCAGUUCUGUAUAUAAAGUUUGUACAGACUGUUUUAACGGCGUUUUAAUGUCUCAUGAAAAGAAACUUAUUAUAAUUAAUAAUAAUAUAUUUGCACC